CCGCACUUUGUAAUAUUUUAUUUGUAGGUGAGUUUUUUUUGUUGGAGCAGAGGUUUAGGAUCGUGUCGCAGUCAUUCUCGGUUCUCUAACUGUUUUUGCUCUGAAUUAAUUUCGGGUGUCUUUUAUGAAUAAUCAAAAGCAGCAAAAGCCAACGCUAACCGGCCAGCGUUUUAAAACUAGGAAAAGAGAUGAAAAGGAGAGAUUUGACCCUACUCAGUUUCAGGAAAGUAUUGUUCAAGGUCUGAAUCAAACUGGCUCUGAUUUGGAAGCAGUAGCAAAGUUCCUUGAUGCCUCUGGCGCCAAGCUUGACUACCGUCGCUAUGCAGAGACUCUCUUCGACAUCCUGGUGGCUGGCGGAAUGCUGGCCCCAGGUGGUACUCUGUCUGAUGACAUGACCCGGACGGAGUUCUGUCUCUUCACUGCACAAGAGGACCUGGAGACCAUGCAAGCGUACGCUCAGGUUUUUAACAAACUAAUCAGGCGUUACAAGUACCUGGAGAAAGGGUUCGAAGAGGAGAUCAAGAAGUUGCUGCUGUUUCUAAAGGGUUUCACUGAGUCGGAGCGCAACAAGUUGGCGAUGCUAACAGGCAUCCUCCUGGCCAAUGGAAACAUAUCUGCCUCCAUUCUGAGCAGUCUCUUCAACGAGAACCUUGUCAAAGAAGGCGUUUCUGCUGCCUUCGCUGUGAAACUGUUCAAAUCAUGGAUCAACGAGAAGGACAUCAACUCCGUCGCUGCCAGUCUACGCAAAGUCGGCAUGGACAACAGGCUAAUGGAGCUGUUCCCAGCCAACAAGCGGAGCUGCGAGCACUUCUCAAAGUACUUCACGGACGCCGGGCUUAAGGAGCUGUCCGACUUCGCCCGCAACCAGCAGUCCAUCGGUGCUCGCAAGGAGCUUCAGAAGGAGCUCCAGGAGCAGAUGUCCCGCGGGGACCCGUUUAAAGACAUCAUUGCCUAUGUGAAAGAGGAGAUGAAGAAGACCAGCAUCUCAGAGCAGACGAUGAUUGGCAUUGUGUGGACCAGCGUGAUGAGUUCCGUAGAGUGGAAUAAGAAAGAGGAACUGGUAACCGAACAAGCCAUCAAACAUUUGAAGCAAUACAGCCCACUCCUGAAGGCCUUCACUUCCCAGGGCCUCUCAGAACUCACCCUCCUGCUCAAAAUCCAAGAGUACUGCUAUGACAACAUCCACUUCAUGAAGGCUUUCCAGAAGAUUGUGGUGCUUCUCUACAAAGCGGACGUUUUGAGUGAGGAGGCCAUUCUGAAGUGGUACAGUGAAGCUCACAUGGCAAAGGGAAAGAGCGUGUUCCUCGAGCAGAUGAAGAAGUUCGUAGAGUGGCUGAAGAACGCUGAAGAAGAGUCCGAGUCUGAAGAGGAAGAAGCGGACUGAGGGCUGAAAUGAAUAUGUGUGUUUUAAAAUAAAGUAGCAGCAGGAGCAGUAGAAUGUUUUGUUACAGAAGUGCUUGUCUUUCUAUUUUUUUUUUUCUAUUUUUUUUUUUUUUUUUUGUUUUCUAUUCUACCUCCUAUAUUUUCUGCCGUAACAUUUAGAUGUAAUUUAAGGGCUUGGUCAUCCCAGUGAUUUUAACUCCCUGUUUUCUAAAGCUAAUAAAGUUUACACUCGUAUAGCAUCAGUGGUUGAACCCAAUGACUAUGAACUCGCAUUUGGAAAUCCUGACUGAUUGACCCUGGCCGAUGCAUUUUCUUUUUCUUUUUCUGCCUCUCACCCCCCCCCCCCCCCCAAAACAUUCCAUUUGAAUUACAACUCCUGGCACCCUCAAUCUCAAAAUUACGGUUUCUAACAAGUUGGAGUCAGCUUGGGUGUUUUGAGCGAUUAUGAGUAUGCCUUCAAGUGUUAAGAGGCACUUUAUCAUUUAUGUAAUUGCCUUUUUUUGCCAAAGGAAGUAGGCCCUGCUUUAUUUUUAAACCAGAUUUAAGUAUUUCCCCCUCCCCGAUUUUGACACCACUGUACAAAAGAAAUUAUGCGGCAGUUUAACAAGGCACUGCUGACGGAGAGCUGCUAUUGAGGAGCUGCCAUUUUGACGCUUUUCUUAACCUGCAGUGCCAGCUCAAUGGUUAAUAUUGAUCUUGUUUUUUUUUUGUUUUGUUUUUUUUCCCCUUAUACCCGAAUAUAAAUUUGACUUUUUAAGAAAAUAAAGAGAAUCAAAGUAA